UGCCUUUUUCGAUAGGGCAGUGACUUGGCUCUCGCGAAGGGUGGUGAAAUCUUUUUGCAUCACGUUUUACCGUAGAAAAAUACGGCGAUAAUGCAGCAUUUAUUGGUUUCCAAACUAGCAAACUAGCGAAAAAUUGGUUUGAUUCCAUGUGAAAACGUGGCGCGCUCGUAGUGGGUCGAUUUGUGGCGUCGCGACGCUCUUUUUUUGUGGGAGCAAAAAAAGAGGCGUAUUUUUGGUGAAAUUUGUGUUAUCAAUUUAAUGACCAUACCAUAGAAUGAAAUAUGCCGAGAGUGAAAAAACCGCGUUUUGAAUGCCUUUCUCUGCCGGACAGAUAAUUACGGGAUAACGAAGAGGGGGCAGUUUAGUUAUUGUGGAGCGCGAGAGUCGGACUGUGUGUGAUUUUUUUUUUGCGUGGCAUGCUGCGUCUAAGCACCAACUAAGCACUACACUGUCCAUUGUAGAUGCUUAUCGGGAAUAAAAGGGGUGGCACGCGGGGCGAGAGCAGAAGGCAAUAGUUUGUUCUAUUUGUAUCGGAUCGGAAGCGAGAGUUGUAGUCGGUUCUCAGUCGUGAUGCGGUGCACAGAUUCGCCGUGCGCCCUUCAAUAACAAAUGCUAAUUCUAAUUUAGAGAGUGGGGUGGAAAAAUGGUGCAAGGAACGACUCCACCAGUGCAAAUCUUUAGCACGUGAAAAUCUCGCCAGUGCAGCUUCGCCGGGGCUCGGAAGUUAUAUAAGCCACCAAAUUUAGAGUGUGAUGAAAACAACGGAAAAAAAACUUUACAAAAACAAGAAAAAUCGAUUACCUCAGUAAACUGUCAAAUGUCGAGUAAAAGAAGCAACUUGAAGUGAAUAUUCCUAAUUUGAAAAGCACCGAUUCUAAUGUCCGCCCACUUUCCCACGUCCUUCCCUCACGUGACAACUGCUGGCAAUUUUCGAACGACCGUGGUCUUUUGACCACCCAAAACCCAAAACCACCAGAAAGUUCACUGGAAAAAGGGGUGCAAGUUCAGACUGAGUCAAAUUGAAAUGCAUCGAUCAUGAGAUUCCCCAAGGUAUCGCCGAAAAAGUGUUUCUUUCUUAUUUUAUGUUUCGCCGUGCUGGUGCUGCUCGUGUUCAACUUAAGAGACAAGGAGCUUAGCAGCAAGGGAACACAUCCCGUGUACAGCCGGGACGAGUACCAGGUGGAGUACAACAACAACAACAACAAUCAGGACAGCGCCAAGGAUGGGGAGCUAUUCGGCACGACAGAGGACGCCGACCAGGGCAGGUUGGACAGAGCCUCAAGCAAGCUGGACAACGGAUACGACGCGUCCUUGAAUGAGCUAUCCCUAGCCGGUCCCAACCAGAUGAGCAGUCUCAACGAGAGACCAUGGUACUUUUCGAACGGCGUACGCUACCCAAAAGCGGUCAGCCGGAACCGGAAGACCAACAAGCGGAACGCCCGACUGCUCCCGUCGGAGACCUCCCGAACCGAUCGAAUCUCGAACCAGCUGAUGUACGUUCCCGCGAACUACGAGACGAUCAAAAGAAAGGGCAAAUUGAAGUCGAUUCUGCUGUACAACGGACUGGGGCCGUGGAACGUCAAGGCUGGCCGCGAUGUGUUCCUCACGUCCAAGUGUCCCGUGACCACGUGCAGCAUCACGUCCGCCCGGGAAAAGGCGGUGUCGGCCGAUCUCAUCCUGUACAAAGAUCACUACAUUCCGCCGGCGGUUCCGCGAUCGGCGCAUCAAAUUUUUAUGAUGUACUUUUUGGAAUGCCCGUUUCACACGCAACACGUUAAAUUUCCCGAUGCUUUCAACUGGACGGCCACCUACAGGAAAGACAGUGACGUGGUGGCACCGUACGAAAAGUGGGAAUACUUUGACCCGCGGAUUCGGCAGAUCGAGCAGGACCGCAACUACGCGCUGAACAAAACCCGGAAGGUGGCCUGGUUUGUGUCCAACUGUGGCGCCCGGAAUGGCCGGCUGCAGUACGCCCACGAGCUGCAGAAGCACAUUCAGGUGGACAUUUACGGUGCCUGCGGUACGUACAAAUGCUCCCGCACGACUGCCGAAAAGUGCUUCGAGAUUCUGGACCGGGACUACAAGUUCUACCUGGCGUUCGAGAACUCCAACUGCAAGGACUACAUCACGGAAAAGUUCUUUGUGAAUGCCUUAAACCGUAACAUCCUACCGAUCGUGAUGGGCGCCCGGCCGGAGGAUUACGAAGCGAGUUCGCCGCAAAAGUCGUACAUCCACGUGGACGAGUUUGCCUCGCCGAAAGAGCUGGCCGAGUACCUGAACAUUCUCGACCGGAACGACGAGCUGUACAACUCGUACUUCAAGUGGAAGGGCACCGGCGAGUUCAUCAACACCUACUUCUGGUGCCGGUUGUGUGCGAUGCUGCACGACGAGUCCUCCUUCCAGAAGCCAAAGUGGUACGAGGACAUCAACGACUGGUGGCGGGGCCCGGGAGUGUGCACAAACGGCUCCUGGCGGAACUUCCGUGCCCGCAAGGAUGCCAUCAGCGAGGAAUAAUCAAACAAAACCAAAAAAAGAGAACAGACUACUUACGACAAGCGAAAGGAAUUAGUGUGUACGUCUCUAGUUUAGGAAUUUCAAUUAAACAAAAAAAAAACAAAACUUUGUUCGAUCAAUUACCAGGUAAGAGGAAGAGAAA